CAAGGCAUCGACACCCAUACCUGAGCAGGAUCUGCAGGGAAGAAAGGAAGUCAACACGUUACCAUACCUACCCGCUUUUGUUAGAUUUCCACCUUCCGACCUGGUUUUGACCGCCGAUCAUACUCAAUUCCGGCACCACCACCAAUCGGCCAAAGCCAGACAACUAGUCAACGUUCAAAAGGCAUAUUCAAUACAUACUAUAUUCGUAUGUAAUUAUUUUGUUUAUGAUGCAACUGAAAAGCGCCGCUAGGUCUGGACGAGAGGCUAGCUCUGCUGUUGGUUCUCACUAAUUUGUGAGUUUCUUCGGCUAAGGUUUGGGAUUACCAAAUGAUUGUCUCUGGUCUUCUAACGUCUGUUGGAAUCAAUUUUGCACUUUGUAUAAUCUUCUUCGUCUUGUAUUCGGUCUUGAGGAAACAACCUGGCAAUUAUAAAGUAUAUGCUCCUCGAUUGCUUGCUGAGGGGAAAACCCAGCGACCAAGUCGCUUCAAAUUAUAUAGGCUGUUACCUACUGCUGGCUGGUUGAAAAGUGCAUGGCAGCCUUCAGAAGAGCAACUUCUGUCAUAUUCAGGACUUGAUGCUGUGGUAUUUAUGCGAAUAAUCAUCUUCAGCUUUAAAAUAUUCACUGUUGCUGGAUUUAUUGGAAUCUUUAUUCUAAUUCCUGUGAAUUGCUCGGGAAAUCAGCUGCAAGAUAUCGACUUUGCAAACAUAACAAACAAUUCAUUGGAACUAUUUAGCAUUUCAAACGUAAACAAUGGCUCAAACAGUUUAUGGAUACAUUUAGGUGCUGUAUAUGUUCUCACCAUUAUUGCGUGUUAUCUUCUGUAUACGGAAUACAAAUAUAUAUCUUCAAAGAGGAUUGCUUAUUUCUGUGCAUCUGAACUUCAACCUCAUCAAUUCACCAUCUUAGUUAGCAACAUACCUGUUCCGUCAGGGAGCAGUAUUGGCAACAGUGUUGAAAACUUUUUCACUGAAUAUCAUCCUGUCACGUAUCUAUCUAAUGUGGUGGUUCACCGAAAGAGCAAAAUUUGGACUCUCACUAAUGCUGCAAAGGAUCUCUACAGAAUGAUUAUCAAUUUCAGAAAGGUGCCAACUAAGCCCCAGUUCAUACGUGAUGGUUUUUUGGAACAUGAAGUCAAUCUUAUAAAUCACCAUGAAAAGAAGUUAGAUGACCAGGAGGCGAAUGUAAGAACGGACGACUCAAGAGAGGAAGUCCGAGCUGCCUUUGUGUCUUUUAAGUCCCGUUACGGUGCUGCAAUCGCUCUUCACAUGCUACAAGCAAACAAUCCCACCCAGUGGCUAACUGAGCAAGCACCUGAGCCACAAGAUGUCUAUUGGCCGUUCUUUUCUACAACAUUCAUGGGAAGAUGGAUUUCUAAACUGACGGUCAUUGGCUCGUGUAUGCUUGUUACAGUUCUGUUCCUUAUUCCAGUAUUUAUUGUGCAAGGACUUACAAAUCUUGCUCAGUUGGAAACUUACUUUCCCUUUCUGAAAGGCAUCCUAACCAUGUCUAUUGUAAGUCAAGUAAUUACAGGAUACCUUCCAAAUCUCAUUCUUCAGUUGUCACUGAAGAUAGUUCCUCCCAUCAUGAAAAUUAUAUCCUCUGCGCAAGGAUAUAUUUCUAUUAGCGAGAUUGAAAGGAGUGCUUGUCACAAAGUAAUUUGGUUUACAGUGUGGAAUGUUUUUUUCGCCAAUGUUCUAUCUGCCUCGGCUUUCAGACUACUAUUCAUCUUUCUCGAGGUCAAGGAUAUUCCUUCAAAGCUUGCUGUCUAUGUCCCUUCUCAGGCAUCAUUUUUCAUUGCUUAUGUCGUCACACUAGGAUGGACCAGCACUUCAUCGGAACUCUUCCGUGUGGUCCCUUUCAUUGGAAGCCUAUUAUGUAAACCUUUUGCCAGGAAUUCAGAUGAUGACGUCAAAGUUCCGUCUUUUCCUUAUCAUCAGGACAUUCCAAAGAUUCUUUUCUUUGGACUCUUGGGAUUUACAUACUUUUUCCUGGCUCCUUUGAUCAUUCCCUUUCUCUUGGGUUACUUUUCUCUUGCAUACAUCAUUUACCGUAACCAGCUUCUAAAUGUAUAUGCGCCCAAGUAUGAAUCUGGUGGGAAAUUCUGGCCAACUGUACAUGAUACUACUAUUUUCUCUCUUGUCCUGAUGCAAUUCAUAGCAUUUGGAAUUUUUACUCUGAAGAAGCUUCCUUAUGCAACCACCGUAACUAUCCCUCUUCCGGUUCUCACACUUCUCUUCAAUGAAUAUUGCCGAAAGCGCUUUCUACCUAUUUUUAUGGCCUAUUCAACCGAGACAUUACUAAAGAAAGAUCGAGAAGAUCAACAUCAUCCUGCAAUGCCUCGUUUUCUUGAGCAACUUCGUGCAGCUUACCAGGACCCAGCGCUGGUGCCCGCAAAUUAUAAUGCAAAUCAUGACCGUCUUGUUGAACCCCUUAUCACUACUGCUGAAAUUAGAGGCUAAAGAAAGAUUCAACAAUGCAGAACCUAUAUAACGAUAAGCGAUCAUGAUACGUAUGUGAAAUAUGAAAUCUAGCCCUAUUCGUUUUGAUGCUCAAAAUCAUCUAAAUCAGACGCUAAAAGCCUCCAUACAAAUAUUUUCGUGUAUUCAAGUUGUUGUGAAGAAGCGUCUGUUGCUGAUUAUGUGCAUAUAUGUAUAUUCACAUGUGAAUAAUGCUUGAUUAGUAUUUAUUUAUUGCUUGAGCUGUAGACUGUAGUUAUUAUAUAUUCACACUUGUAAUAUGAACUAUAACUAUCUCUUUUCUGUUAUGGUGGAAAAAUAGGUCCUGGCAAUUUUGCUGAAGGAUAUUGUGCCU